CAACCGCGAAUGAACAUAAGAAGAAGAAGAAGCAGAAGAAGAAGAAGAAGAAGAAACAGUCUCCACGCACUGUGCCCUUAUUCACUCGCUUAGCAGCGGUGAAUCUUCUGAGUGGGAGGCGGUAAAGCACCUAAAGCUGGUCUGCCAACUGCCAAUAAACAGAAGAGAAUAAGACGACGUCACCACUAGCGCCCUCACACUCACUUUUUCUCAGCGUUGAGUCUUCUGAGACCUGGUGGAGGAGAAAGAGGAAGGUAAAUAACCAAAUUAGGUGGAAGAGAAACAUCAUCAUGUCAAAACUGAAGAAAUCGUUUCGUUGCUCACUGAAAAGAAGAGCCAAAGAAUCUUUCACCUGCCCUCGGUGUGGAAAGAGUUUCCCAUCCAAAAAAAGUCUUAAACCUCACAUGAAAAUCCACACUGGAGAGAAACCGCACACAUGUGAUCAGUGCAGGAAGAGUUUUGCACGAGCAAACGCGCUUAAAUUACAUCUGCAUUCUCAUUCUGGAGAAAGACCGUUUAACUCUGAUCAAUGCGGCAAAAAAAAUCUUAGGCCAGAAAACCUGAAGAGGCACCUGAAAGUUCAUACAAAGAAGAAGCUUCACGUGUGUUCUCUGUGUGGAAAGAGUUUUACUCGGCUGGAUAAUUUAAAAUUACACUGGAAAAGACACAACGGUGUGAAGGAUCACAUGUGCUUUGAUUGUGGGAGGAGCUUUACUAGAUCUGAUGCAUUGAAAGGGCACCAAAGAGUUCACACUGGAGAAAAACCUUACAAGUGUUCACACUGUGACAAGAGAUUCAGUCAGACUGGGACUCUGAAAAUACAUGUGAGGACCCACACUGGAGAGAAGCCUUACAAAUGUGAUCAAUGUGGUACAUUUUUUACACAAAAAGGAAGCUUUAAUGAUCACCUGAAAAUCCACACUGGAGAGAAGCCGCACACAUGUGAUCAGUGCGGGAAGAGUUUUGCACAAACAAAAACUCUUAAAUUACAUCUGCGUUCUCAUUCUGGAGAAAGACCAUAUAACUGUGAUCAGUGUGGCAAAAAAUUUCUUAGGGCACAAAACCUGAAGAGGCACCUGAAUGUUCAUACAAAGCAGAAACCUUGCAUUUGUUUGUGUGGAAAGAGUUUUUCUCGAAUGGAUUAUUUAAAAUUACACCAGAGAAGUCACAGCGGUGCAAAGGAUCAUAUGUGCUUUGAUUGUGGAAACACUUAUACAACAGCAGCUGUGUUGAAUCGGCACCAGAGAAUUCACACUGGAGAAAAACCUUACAAGUGUUCACACUGUGACAUGAGAUUCAGUCAGACUGGAAAUCUGAAGAAUCAUGAGAUGAUCCACACUGGAGAGAAGCCGCACAUGUGUGAUCAGUGCGGGAAGAGUUUUACACUAAAAGGAGCCCUUAAGUCACACAUGAAAAUCCACACUGGAGAGAAACCAUACUCAUGUGAUCAGUGCGGGAAGAGUUUCGCACAUGCAUACACUCUUAAAAUACAUCUGCGUUCUCACUCUGGAGAAAGACCAUAUAACUGUGAUCAAUGUGGUAAAAAAUUUCCUAGGGCAGAACACCUGAAGGUCCACCUGAAAGUCCAUACAAAGGAGAAGCCUUACAUGUGUUCUUCAUGUGGAAAGAGUUUUAGUCAGCUGGGUAAUUUAAAAAUUCACCAGAAAAGACACAGUGGUGUGAAGGAUCACAUGUGCUUUGAAUGUGGGAAGACCUUUACUGCAGCUGUGACAUUGAGAAAGCACCAGAGAUUUCACACUGGAGAAAAACACAUGAGAAGGCCCAAAGUGGAGAGAAGCCUUUUACAUGUGAUCAGUGUGGGAAAAGUUUCACUCAGUUAGGAUCGCUACACCGUCAUACUAAAAACAGCUGUCUGAAAUUAAAGUAGUUCAAGCUCAUUUAAAGUGUGUUGCUACGUCCUCACCAAAUAUGACCCAAUAACACAUUGAGUAAUAAAAGCUCGUUUUCAUAUAAAUCUGUCCCAACCAGCCUCAUUAAAACAUCAUUAGUAUAUAAGAUGUUACAGUGAACAAAGUUAAUCUUUAAA